UUAUGACACUUCUGGACAAUCUCAUAUAAGACAAAGAAUCACAAGUAUCAUAGAUUUAGAGCUACAAGCUCUGCAGCUUCUUCAUUUUAUAGAUAAAAGGCAUAGAAACCAAUGAAGCUAUCAGUAUACCCAAGAGCUGAACCUUUCUUAGUGUAGCUUUUUUUUUAUCCAUUGACUUUUGAGUGACAUUGACCUUGCAGAUCACUAAAACCCCCAAAUCUUCUUCAGAUAAACUGUUUUACCCAUAUCUCUAUCUUUUUGGAAAGGAAGAGAGAGGGAGAAAGAAGGGUAAGCAUGGAUUCUAAGGAUAAGGUCUUAAAUUCAUGUAUUUAUGGGAGGUGUUAAAUUGAAAGCAUGGGGGUAGGAGAAGAAAGCAAAGAAAAAGGAGGAGAAGAAGGGAUGGAUAACAGGAAGGAGAGAGAAAGAGGAGGAAAGGGAGAGACGAAGAGAAGAAGAGGAAAAGAGAAAGAGAAAAAUGGAGAGAGAGAAAGGAGAGAGAUGCACGAGAGACAGAGAGAACAGUAGAAAUGUGGUAAAUUGUGGUAAAAAGGGCAGUUGGUUGUAUUAUCCUCCAGAUUGCUAGCACCCAUGCAAGCACUGAAGUGAGAACCAUGGCAGUUUUUUGUUUUGUUUUUUGUUUUGUUUUUACUAAUUUAUCAGUCACAGAAUUUUAGAGAUAGACAGCAGCUUGAACACCAAAAUGCUGGGUGAUAAAGACAUUUUGAGGAGUACAACAACUCUACCUAGGAUUUCCUUGAAGUCUAUCCUUGGCUCAAAUAGGCUUGAAAAGCAUUUAUAUUUGGAUGGAAAGCAGCCAGCAGUAACCUGAGGUUGUGUCAGAUGGUGGAAACAAUGUGGAAGGCUAAUGACCAGGGUUUUCAAUCCUGAACUUGCUGCAUGAACUCAAAUUAAGUCAGUUUUCCUUACUGACCCUCAGUUUCCUUAUCUGAAACAGAGACUGCAUGAUCUACACACUCAAAAGUCUGAAAAAAGAACUUUGUAGACCUUAAGAUGCAAAGGAAAUAUAAGUUAUUGUUCUUGUUAUUUUUACAGUGCAAUAUUCAGUUUGUUCCCUGGACUUGGGUCUGCCUGGCUCUUAAAGGUGAUAGGCCCACUCAUCCAUGAGAUGAGGGAGGCGGGCCCCUAGUACCUUAGCAUGAAUGUGUUGUCAGUAGCUUUAUGGUUACUGGGGUUUUGAGUUCCUGUCUCUGUGAUGUGGGCUCAAGGUCUUCUUCCUCCCACAGCAGUUACUGAAAGAACUUCACAAGAGGAUCAUCUGAAAUAAACCAAAUUUUUAUCCAUUUCUGUUCAGAGAAAAAUGUAGCAGCCCAUUGAGGAAGUUGUUGAAGCUGGGCCUGAUUGUGGGACCUGCUUGACAUGGCCUGGUUGUUGCGCCUGAUUCUUCUGUUGGCUCUCUGUUACCUGGCGCUAACAUCAAGGAAAAACUUGAUAAUCACUCAGAGUCCUGCAGAAGACCAGGAGGUCCAAGUAAGACAAUCUGUUGAAAUAACCUGCUCUUGGAAUGUCUCUUCUGAAGUGGAACAGUUUCGAGUUGAAUGGAAAAAACUGAACCAUCUCAAAGACAGUGUAACCAGUCCAAGGGUUCGAGGCCAGGAAAUUCUCAUUCAGAAGCAUUUGUACAAUUCCACUGUCAGUCUACAAUUCAGUUCAGGGCUCAGGAAGGAAUGUCUAAGACUGGAAAACGUGAACAUAAAUGACUCUGGACUUUAUAUCUGUGAAAUAACAAUUGAAAUACCUAUAUUUGGGCAAGGAAAAGGAAAUGGAACUUUUCUGACUGUGAAAGAAAAGGAUGAAAAAUCAAAAGAAAAAUGGCUCUGGUGGGCUUUGGCCAUCUUUCUUUUGCUAAUAUGUAUCUGCUUGAGCUAUUACUGCAAGAAGCAAAGGAAUUCAACCAGAGUUGAGGCCAACAGAACUGACCAGGAGGAAAGAGAAGAAGAUGAAUAUAUUAUCAUGGAAAAAAAACAUAAGAAAGUAGAAAGAACCCUAUCUAAUACAACAGAAUGGGCUGUUUCUGUCCUUUAUGAACCCAUGCACUCUUUUGCUAAGAAGCCAGUUGAAUUGAAGGAUAAUGACAUCUACACUUUAAUCUAUUCAAAUUCAUUAAAAGCACCGAAUACAGAGCCAUCAGCCGUUGAACUCACCACCAGCACUUGUGCUCCAGAAGCACCCAGAGAGGUACAAGGGAAGGAAAGAAGCCUAAAUGUCAGUUAUAAAUAGAGUUCAUUCUCUUCAGCUAGUACCAACUUGACCUCAUCCACGAUCCAAAAAAAGCAAGAGACCGGUGUCCAAGAAAACAAAGAAUACGAAGUCCUAGAAUAUCAUCUAAUUAAUCCAACCUCUCCAUUUGCAAAGAAGAAAACUGAGGCUUAGAAUGGAAAGAAAAUGACUUCUUUCAGGUCUAGUGAGUCAAGAUCAGGACUCAAGUCCCCUUUCCAGAGCUAUUAAUUUGGACUUCAAUAGACACUAGAUCUGUCUUUCUCCUGAUGGACUAGAGCAUCUGAGGAAAUCCUUUGAAUGGAAAGUACCCUUCAGGAAUGGGAAGAGCUGACAGGUACUUCACCUCAGCUGAGCUGGAGGUUAAAUAAAGCCAUGGAUAAAGAUUAAACCUGUGAUUCAUUCUACAGAGAAUCCCAGGUGAAGAAGCUCUCUUUACUCAUGCAGGUGGGAAUCUGCUCUGAAAUCUCAUCUCAUUGAGUUGCUUAGGGCAAUGAGACUUGCCCAGAGUCACAAACUAUUAUGUGUGAGAGGCAGAAUUUGAACUUAGAUCUUUCUGGCUUUCUAUUCACUAUGUUAUGGAUAUUCCCCAUUAAAUGAUUGUAAA